GCACGCGCGAUAGCCGAGGCUGCUGGCAGUCCGGCUUGAGGGGGCUGCGGGGGGCUGCCGGGGCUGCGGGGGGCUGCCGGGGCUGCGGGAGGGCCGGGGCGCUUGCAGUCCAGCGUUUGUCCCCAUCUCCGCCCCGGCGUGAGGUCCAGAUGCACAGGCCGACUGACGCAUGUGGAGAAAGCUGCCCCUCCGGCUGACACCACCUACGCAGCUGCCUUUUCCCCCGUCGUGUCGUCGUCUCCAGUUACCACCACCGAGCCUUUUCUUGUUGACGCCCCUGGACCUGUUUUCACUAUGAAAUAAAAACUUGCAGCCCAUCAUCUCCCACCUCCGAGCCCUUGCCUCCCCGCCCCGAAGCCCAACCUCAAGUCUGCCUUUAUCCAUCCCCUCGCUGCUCAUGAGUCUCCAGAUCCGAGGACCGGACUUUGGAAAGAAAGAAAAGAAAGAAAGAGAAAAAGAAAAAAAUCCAAGAAAGAGACGGACCCGAGAUCCCCCGGUGACGGUCGUGACUGGAAGUGAGGACCCAGGGAGAGGGGCCCGUUAGAGGCCCCUUCUCGGUUCGGCCAGGAAGUGAGAGAUUUCUUCACUGUGAAAAAUGUCAUCUAUAAGUUCAUUAGAGCUGGAUGGAGACUCAGAUGAUUCAGAAUUAAGAGCUGAAUUUCAGGAAGUAAAGUUGUCAGAUGUUGUUCCGCUAGAGGACCUUAAAACAAUUGAAAAAACCCAGGCUGCUCAAGUCAUCCAGAGAGCUUGGUUUUCUCACAUGGAUAAAAUGAUGUUUCAGCUCUUAAAACACACAAUUUGCGCAGCGGAAAAUUGUGUAACACAUGAAAUACUGAAGAAAGUGUGUCCCUUAGAGGCGGCUCUUGUGAGAGAUCCUAGUGUGCAAUGUAAAGUUAGAUUCAGAUUUGGUGGUAAGAACUUUCCACCUUUUAUUGUGUUUAAAAUUUUCCUUCACACUGGAGGCCAUGGGAACAAGUAUUUCAGUGGAAAGAACACAUUGAGACCAUCAAGUGAGGCAGUGGUUGAUGCUUGCAAACUAAUGGGAAGUCGGAAGUACUACGACCAGAUCAUACAAGACCAGCUUCAGUUCCAAAAGUAUAAAGUUGCAGAUGAAGUUGACGUUGUUACUAUGAAGGAUUACAUGCACUUUACCAGUUUUCUGGAUGAAACCCCAGCAUAUCUUGGUGGCAAAAGUAACUGCUGGAGAAGACUAAGCCUGGAAAACUUUCCAAAGACAAUGAUAAUGUAUGACAUAAUGGAUUAUGCAACAUCUGGAACACUCUCCGAUCGUCUACAAAAAGAAUUGAAGUAUCUAUUGCAAAAACCAAGAUCUGAAGAGAUGCAACGUGACCAGCUCCGAGUUGUUUCUCAAAUUAGGACUUCUCCUUCACCCUCUUCUUUAAGUGUCUCUUCUUUACAACAAUAUUAUCAACAACUAGCAAAGCCCAAGCAUUCAGGCCGUCGCUCCAAGCAAGCACGGAUGAAGAUUGCAAAAAUGAGAAGAGCUUAUAAGAAGGAACAGGAGAAAAAUAUGGAAGAACCAAAUACGCAAAAAACAAAUGAAAAAAAUCAGCACCGUAUUGUUAUUAUUACUCCAUCUUAUGAAAUUUUGGGAAUUAACUCGCCUCCUUCAGAUGAUGAGUUGGAGCAAGAAGCAAAGGAAUUAUUUACUUGGACCAAAGAUCUAUGUCUUGAUAACUCAUAGUUAAUUAACAAAAUAAUCCAUACCCUUAAAUAUAUAAAUGAUUAAUAGAAGUAUUAACAAAUACAGGUAUGUAGAUUUUGUUCCGAACCCAAGAUAAGUGGUAAGUUUUCUAAGCAGUACUUUGAUGUGCUAUAAACAGAAAUGCUCCUGUCCAUCAAAAUUUGAAUAAAAAUAAAUACUCUAAUGGAUGUGG